GAGGCUCGGAAAUGAGCGUUUAGUGCGCGGUGGUGUCAAUUGCGAGCUGCACAUAUAUAAGUACCUCAAGCAAGGACGGCCAUUCCCCUGAUCUCUCAACCCCUCACCAGCUUACUUAGGCCGACAUGACGCUCAUACCUGCAGACGAUACCGCCCCGAAGCAUCUGGUCCUUGUGCCAGUCGCCAUGUGGGGCCACAUUCGUCCUCUCCUCCAUCUCGUCGUCAACCUCCUCACCCUCCACCCAAACCUCCACGCCACCUUCCUGCUCACCCCCUCCAUCGCCCCGCGUCUCGAGAAAGAUCUCGAGCACCUCACGAGCCAUCUCGGACAGCAGUCUGUCGUCGACAUCUCAACUGGUUCCAAGCCCAUCGCCGAAAGGCUGCAGACCUUUACAUGUGCGCAUGAAGGGACUGAGCCCUCCAAAGAGUUUACGCCGGAUGUCAUGAAGAAGGAAGGUGUGGAUUUCGCCAAUGUGCUGCCAGGCAUCAUCAGUGGCUUGUACGACGGCAAGCACAACAUUGGAGGAACCUUGAACAAGUUCGAGGGCUUGCCUCCCACCUUGUUCCUAUUCGAUAUGUUCCAAACCUUGAUUCCAGACCUCAUGGUCAACACUCUUGGUCCUCUCAACAUCCCUGUCCCUCCUCUGGUCAUGUUCUGCCCUAGCUCUCCUGCCCACGUAUGGCAUUCGUUCAGCCCCGAAGAACGAGGAGGUACCUUUGGCAGAAUGCUGCGUUUGGCGGAGGAAGAUAUUGCAAAGGGCGUAGACUCCAUUGAAGCGUUCGAGAGGUAUGGGUUCAAGGGCACUGGGCAAGUGGCUGCCCUUCCAGGUCUGCCUGUCAAGUAUGACUACGAAUGGUGGCCGCAUGGUGAUACAGUCGUGCUUGGUGGCCAGGUUCUUGCAGCUACCUUGCCCGCAUAUAGGGCCUUCCUGCACAAAAACACAGUCGGUAUAACCAUGGCAUUCACUGGCGAACUGGAGCCAGAGGCAGUAGCCGCCUUGGAGUCGGAGCUCGGCAAGACCAUCUUUACCGUCGGCCCUCAGUUCCCGGAAGAGAUGUGGGAAGAGGACUUCUCCGUUAAAGCAGACAGCGAUGACGACCGGAGGGUUGUCGCUUUCCUUGACCACAUGCAAGAGAAGCAUGGCUCAAGGAGCGUAUGCUACAUCAGCUUCGGGUCCCUCUUCUUCCCUCUCUUGCGCCCCGAGCUCAUCCGCUAUAUCCUCCAGACAUUACAGGAGUCCGGCAUUCCCUUUGUCUUUGCCUACGCUUCCGGCGUCGCACCUGUACCUCCCGAGCUCAUUGAAGAAUUCGUCGGGCUGGAAGACGCUUGCUUGGUCAAGUUUGCGCCUCAGUGGGCCGUCUUGAAACACGCCGCCACCGGGUUCUUUAUUACUCACUGUGGCAGUAACAGUACCCACGAGGUAAGUUGUGAUGAUCGGCACCGCAUGCACUAGCUGAUGCCCAGCGACAGACCAUCUUGGCCGAAGUCCCAAUAGUCUCCAUGCCCUUCAUUGCAGACCAAGGCGAGAUCGCAGCCCUUCUCACCGAAGUUCUCCAUGUCGGCAUCGACCUCAAGCAGACCAAGACUUUCACCAAUCCCCCAUUCAAUAAACUGUACGACGGUACCGUCAUUGUGGGCACUGAAGUAGCGAUCAAGGACGAGAUGAAGACCGUCUGGGAGAGGAUGAAGGGGAAAGAAGGGGAGGAGAUGAGGAAGAGAAUGGGCGAGGUGAAGAAGACGUUGAGGGAGAGUAUCACGAAUGGAAGGGGAAAGCGGGAUAUGAUGAAGUUGGGCCAGUGUCGUUGGUAGUGAUUGGCCUCGACUCGUCGCAUGUCGUGGAUUCGAUUUUGUAGCAUACGUGCCUUUAGCCAUAGGCCUUUGUGAAUGAGACAUAACAAUGAGACAGACGACAGAGCGGAGUACGAUACAAAAUGCAUCAUCUAAAGGCGUGGUCGG